AUGGAGCCCAUUAUACCAGACUAUCAUAUUACGGCCUGGGCCUAUUUUGCCAGUAUUAUGGCGUUGGUCUUGGUUGAGGGCUUGGUCAGACUACCUACAGACUUCGCCUUGUUCAUCAGGAAAGGCCACCCUCAGCCCUUAGGCCCCAUUAUCCAUUCGAGAAUUUACGUCCUCGUCCACAAGUUAUCUACCCUCCCUCUACCAUUCAUUUUCACCAACCAUCGUGGCUCCGAUGUGGUUCGCCUAUCAGCAUUCACAGGUCUAAAUAUUCUCUGGGGGUGGAAUAGAUUAAGUGAAAAGUCUGACUUCGCCCUAUACGGCUGGCUUACAAUUGCCAACGGCGGAAUCUGUCUCUUAAUGGCCGCGAGAAAUAACAUCCUUGCGACGGUAGCACGAGUGCCAUCAACAACCCUCCUAAUGUAUCAUCGUUGGACCGGACGCACUGCGCUAGUCCACUCCACCAUCCACUUCGUCAUGGUAACCCGUCGCUGGCUCACAACAAAAGAAGCGGCUGAACACUUCCGACAUCGAUUUAUCCACGUCGGUCUGGUGGCAUGGCUAGCACUAUGCAUCAUUGCAGUCACGUCCAUUAGCUUGAUCCGGCGCAGGUCUUUCGAGGCAUUCUACUAUAGCCACUUCGUCUUCUUGGCGUUCGUUAUCGGAGGGAUGAUCCACGUUCCGCGUCCUGGUCAGGAGUUCUUCCUACCCGGUCUAAGUCUCUGGGUCAUUGACCGUCUCAUCCGCUUUUAUUACAACUUCCGCCCUGCCCGCAUCACAGACGUGGCACAGUAUGAGGGGAAUCUAACUAAGCUAAGGAUUAGAGGUGUAUCCUCACAUCAACCAGCCAGGAUUGUGUGGAUACAAAUCCCAAAUGUCUCCUUCUUGAACUGGCACCCAUUUACCCUCGCCUCCGCUGGUCCAGGUGACGAAGUGACUGUAGCGAUUCGCGGCUUGGGUAGUUACACGAGAACAGUCCAGGUAGCUGUUGAAGUCGCACGGCAUACCAGUAUUCCCAGCGAGGAAUUCAAGUGUCUCCGGGUACGCGUUGACGGGCCGUAUGGUGUUAGCGGAAUUCGCUGGGGGUUAUAUCCGGUCAUUGUUAUCGUGGCCGGAGGGGUAGGCAUUACGCCAGGUCUCAGCAUCGCAUCAUACAUUAUGCAGCAGGCUAGUCGUGCCGCCGGACCGGGAAAUUGCCAGGGCUGGCACAUCCAUUUUGUUUGGGUGGUCAAGUGCAGGGCGCAUGUAGCUUGGUUCACGGAUGCGCUGAGCUCCCUUAAGACCAUGGCAUCGGUACCUUCCACCCGAGCUACAUUUGAACUCACGAUUCAUGUCACACAGGAACAUACCUCGAACGAUGCGAAUGUUUCGGAGAAGAAAGAGAUUGGCAUUAGCGUUUCAGAUGCAGGUGGCUAUGAUGGCCCGGGGUCGCUUAUGCUUGGUAGACCUAAUCUUCCGCAGGUCUUCAAAGACUUGCGAGACAUGUAUCCAACACUGGAUGCGGCUGUUAGCGUUUGCGGUCCUAGAUCCUUGGUUAAGGGGGUUAGAACAGCAGCUGCGAUGGAGAGUUGUCUCUCUGGGGUAUUCCAUGUUGAAGAUGAAGCUUUUGAGCUCUAG